UCGGGUUAUUUGGCCUCUAACGAUGUUCACCACACUCAAUAAGCGGGACUUUGACACGAAGGCUUCAGAUGACUCCGCUCGUGGCGGGUUUAACCUGAAGAUCAGGGCGUUGGGGCUCGGUGAUAGAUCUUCUGAUGAUCUGAACAACAACUCUCCAAAUAGAAGAACUCCCACGCACAAGCAAUCAAUUGACCUUGGGUUUGACUCCACAAACCUGUCGUUGGCUGCUAUAAACGAGAAGACGAAUGGGUCGUCUGUUGGAGGGCCGCAGAGGACCCAGCCUGGCUGGUGUAAUAACCCCAAGAGAAGAAGCACUCCUGGGAGAGCACUGAAGAGAGAAACAAAUAACGAUUUGGAGAGCGACUCCAUUUUUUUGACAAAGACUAAGUCCACUGAAGCCAACGAUGGUGCUACAGGGUUCAAGAACAGCCUGACGUUUGGAACGAGAAGAAAUAACACUGAAAACUCAUCCCAUGUGAAUGCUUUCUCUGAUGAUUUACCACCUUCAAAGACCAUUAUGGAUCUGCAACGUGAGGAUUAUACUGAUUGUUAUCUGGCUCCACAGCAACAGCAACACCAGGGGCAACAGCUACAGCAGCAGAACCUGCAGCAGCAACAGCAGGGGCAACAACUACAGGUGGGUAAUACCUCUCUGUUGAGUGUGAAAGGUGGUGACGAUUCAGGUAUCUUUGGUAUUAGUUCCAACUCCCCAGCUUUUCAACGUUCAAAGAACGUUCUUCCAGAUCAUUUGUUUGAAACUGGAGAUAAGAAGUCCCCAAUUGGGUCUAAUGGGAUCAGACCACAACAGCAGACGUUAAAUGGCGACUCCACAAGAUCACACACAGGCCAAACAAAUGGUGAAUCCGCAGUAUUGGUGUUUGGAUAUUCUGAAUCCAUUGCAAAUGAAGUAAUUGCACAUUUUGCCAAGUUUGGUAAUGUCCUGGAGGAUUUUGAAGCCACUAGAACAAGCGUCAUUUUCCACAAGAAGCUAAGCGACACUCCAAGAAAGAGUUAUCCAAUAUUCACCGGCAGUGGAUGGGUUAAGUUGACCUAUGACAACAAGGCAUCUGCCAUCCGUGCACUCGAAGAGAAUGGAUCCGUGUUCCAUGGCUCUAUGAUUGGGUGCGUCCCAUACUCCAAAGACGCUGUUGAGAACAUUGCAUCGGUAUCGAUUAGCAACAGCUCAAACGUGGGGGAGACUGACAUAUCGUUGCAGACAGGUGCUCAUCACGACGAAGAGCCAAUGCUGAAGUUUGCCUCUAAUUCCCACAAGAUCAAUCUAAAGACAGAUGAUAAGAUCUUUGUCAAGCCUAAGAGUGCCAAACUGGGCCUCUACAAGUCCAAGGAUUUGAAACAGCACCAACUACAACAACAGUCACAACAGGGAAACUCAUUGGUUAAUAAAGUUAACAAUUGGCUAUUUGGGUGGGAAGAUUUAUGAUUUCAUUGCCUAGUACUAUACUUCCUCGAUAAUGGUGAUUGUUGAUGAUGUAAUGCAUACGAAUUUCUAGUUCUGGCACUAGGUGUAUACAAUGAUCUUCGCAAAUCUGUAGGCUUGGUAGCUGAUCUCUUCACGGGUGUAAACUCACCAUCGCUGAAUAGCUCAACGCUCUCGUUACCCUUGAGAUCAUGUGUCUUGAACACCUUUUCCGUUCUUCCAGGUGUAUAGUAUUGGACUGAUCCAAUCUCAUCGUCGUAAGGACCUCUUGUAGCAUCAACUGCCACUUCUCUUCUGGCCACUGACAGCUUUGGUCUCACGAAUUUGCGUUCGUAUUCAUCAAAUGUCUCUUGGAACAGGACUUGUUUAUCCUCCAUCAGCACCAGAUAGCCUCUGAUAAUCACCAG